AACUCAAGCGAACAUUCACCUUUAUUUGCCGCCAUUUUGGAUUUGGUAGUUGUGAUGAAUGACCCCCAUGCUUCUUAUGUAGCAAAAUAGGUGCUUGAUUUGAUCUGCCAGUGGAAUUGUGAUCGGUUAAAUUGGAUGUCAAUUGGAGCUCUAACCGCACAAAUACCACUGCGAUACCAUAAUGUACAUUAAGCAGGUGAUUAUUCAAGGCUUCCGAAGUUACAGGGACCAAACUAUUGUCGAACCAUUCAGCCCAAAACACAAUGUAAUUGUGGGAAGAAAUGGGUCUGGAAAAAGUAACUUCUUUUAUGCUAUCCAGUUUGUAUUAUCGGACGAGUUCAGCCACUUGCGUCCAGAACAGAGGCAGGCCUUACUUCAUGAAGGCACAGGACCCAGGGUGAUCUCAGCUUUUGUGGAGAUUAUCUUUGAUAAUUCAGACAACAGAAUCCCGAUUGACAAAGAUGAAGUCACCCUAAGAAGAGUUAUUGGUUCAAAAAAAGACCAAUAUUUCUUGGACAAGAAGAUGGUCACGAAAACUGAUGUUAUGAACUUGUUAGAAAGUGCUGGAUUUUCAAGAAGCAAUCCUUAUUAUAUUGUCAAACAGGGAAAAAUCAACCAAAUGGCAACGGCUCCAGACUCCCACCGUUUGAAGCUUUUGAAAGAAGUUGCUGGCACCAGAGUGUAUGAUGAGAGAAAGGAGGAGAGUAUGAAUUUACUCAAAGAAACUGAAGGGAAACGUGAGAAAAUUGAAGAUCUCUUAAAAUACAUAGAGGAAAGACUGAGCACCCUUGAAGAAGAAAAAGAGGAAUUGAAGGCAUAUCAGAAGUGGGAUAAAAUGAGGAGAUCCCUGGAGUAUACCAUCCAUGACCAUGAGCUCAGAGAUACAAGGAAAAAGUUGGAAGAGCUACAAGAUAAGAGAGAAAGCAGUGGUGCUGUUACACAUAAACUAAGAGAUGCCCAACAGUCUGCCAGUGACAAAGUCAGGGAUCUGAGUAAAGACCUUCGUGACCUGAAGACACGCGUGCAAACUGUAAUGGACGACAAAGAACAACUGACAGCGGAACACCAAGAAUUGAUGAAACGAAGGGCUAAACUUGAGUUAGACAUCAAGGAUUACCAGGAUGAAGUUGAAGGGGAUAGAAGUGCUAAAAAAAAGACGGAAACUGAACUUGCCAAAGUUAAUGAAAAAAUUAGCAAGACACAAGUACAAUUGGACAAGAUCACCCCUCACUAUGAAUCAUUGCGACAGAAGGAGGAAGAAGUUGGCGCACAGUUAACAGUGGCUGAACAGAGAAGGAAAGAGCUGUAUGCCAAACAAGGUAGAGGCAAUCAAUUCCAGUCCAGAGAAGAGAGAGAUAAAUGGAUCAAAAAGGAACUCAAGUCUUUGAACAGAGCCAUCAGAGACAAAGAAGAACAGAUCAAGCGCCUGGAAGAGGAUCUGAGAACAAGUCAAGAACGAUAUGAGCAACUAGAUGUUAAUAUGAAGGAUGUUAAUGAAAAAAUAGAGCAAUAUAAAGAGGUUAUCGACCAAAACAACAAAGGUUACUAUGAACUGAAAAAACAGAAGGAUGAAUUGGCCAAUGAAAGAAAUGAUCUGUGGCGUACAGAAAAUGCCAUGCAACAGGCCAUUGCAGCCUCUAGAGAUGAACUUAAGCAGAAAGAACAGGCAAUGAGAUCUAUGAUGGGAAAAGGUAUAUUGAAUGGUAUUGACAGUAUCCAGAGAGUCUUGAAAUCAUUCAAAGAAAGAGGAAUUAAUCAAGACAUGAUAGAUGGUUAUUAUGGUACACUAAUAGAAAACUUUGAAAGUGAGAAGACCUUCUUUACUUGUGUAGAAGUAACUGCUGGAAACAGAUUAUUUCACCAUAUAGUCUCCACUGAUAAAGUGGGCACCAGGAUCUUGCAGGAGAUGAACCGUCUUAAGUUACCAGGAGAGGUCACAUUCAUGCCUCUAAACAGGCUAGAUGGCAGGGACACUCAAUACCCCGAGACAAAUGAUGCCAUUCCGAUGAUAUCCAAACUGAACUAUGAUCCAAGGUUCGACUGUGCCAUGAAGCAUGUGUUUGGCAAGACUCUUAUCUGUAGAAGCAUGGAGGUGGCCACACAGAUAGCUAGAACACAGAACCUGGAUUGUAUCACUUUGGAAGGUGACCAAGUGAGUCGUAGGGGUGCUUUAACUGGAGGCUAUUAUGAUACCCGACGGUCACGCCUAGAUAUGCAGAAGAGCAAAGCUGAACUCACAGAGCAGCUACAGCAGAAAGAACAAGAAUAUGAAGAGCACCGGUCCAAAUUGCAAGCUCUUGAAGGCAGAAUAAAUCAAAUCAUCAGUGAAAUGCAGAAAGGGGAGACCAAGAUCAGCAAAUCAAAAGAUGUAUACGACAAGAUGAGGGGAGACUUGAGACUGAUGAAAGAGGAGCACAGUCAAAUACAAAAGGCCAGACAGCCUAAGGAGCGUAGUCUUGCCAGUCAUCAGGCCAGUUUGGAUUCAAUGAAGACCUCGGCACAGUCACUGAAUGAAGAACUCGGCACAGACUUGCUCUCUCAGCUGAGCACAGAUGACCAGCAGGAGAUGGAUCGUCUUAAUGAUGAGAUCAGGCGGCUGACACAGCAAAACAGAGAUUCUUUGAAAGAGAGAAUGAAGCUUGAAGGAGAGAAGAAUAAAUUGGAGAACUUGUUGAACAACAACCUAAUGAAGCGGCGUGACCAGUUAAUGCAGGAGAUGGAGGGGCUUACUGCUGGAGACACUAAACAAAGGCUGGAGGUCUCCAGUACAGAAAUACAGGCCGUGGAUCACAGGAUUAAUGAGAACAAAUCAAGGACCAAGGAACAUGAUGACAAGUUGGAGGCUAUGUACAAAGAACAAAGAGAGCUCCAGAACAACAUAGAGUAUUGGAAGGCACAAGAAAGAGAGGUUACAGAUAAGAUAGAUGGAGAUGCCAAAGACUUGGAGAAAAUGACAAACAAGCAGAGUUUACUGCUUAAAAAGAAAGAUGAAUGUAUGAAAAAGAUUCGAGAGUUGGGGUCCUUGCCCAGUGACGCAUUUGAAAAAUAUCAGGAUCUCAGUUUAAAGCAGCUUUUCAAAAAACUUGAGCAAUGCAACCAGGAGUUGAAGAAGUACAGCCAUGUCAAUAAAAAAGCAUUAGACCAGUUUGUCAACUUCUCAGAUCAGAAGGAAAAACUUUUAAAAAGAAAAGAUGAAUUAGACAAAGCUCAUUCUUCAAUAGCAGACCUCAUGGAUAUUCUAGACCAAAGAAAGUAUGAAGCUAUCCAACUAACAUUCAAACAGGUCUCCAAGUACUUCAGUGAAAUCUUCAAAAAAUUAGCCCCCCAAGGACACGCUGUGCUGGUUAUGAAGAAAGGUGACCAGGAGGGAGAGCCUGAGGAUGCCCCCAGUCAAGGUGCCUCCGGUUCACAAGAUGCUAUACCAGCCCUGCUGCAGUUCUCAGGAGUGGGGAUAAAGGUAUCUUUCACUGGUAACAGAGCAGAGAUGAGAGACAUGCAGCAGUUAUCAGGUGGACAGAAGUCAUUGGUGGCUUUGACUAUGAUCUUUGCCAUUCAGAAGUGUGACCCAGCCCCUUUCUACUUGUUUGAUGAGAUUGACCAGGCACUGGACUCACAGCAUAGAAAAGCAGUAGCAGACAUGAUUCACGAGUUGUGCUCUGAUGCUCAGUUCAUUACCACAACCUUCCGACCAGAGCUUUUGGAACAUGCAGACAAAUUUUAUGGAGUGAAAUUUAGGAAUAAAGUUAGUCAUAUUGAAUGUGUCUCCAAAGCAGAGGCAGAGGACUUUGUUGAAGAUGAUGCCCAACAUGGAUAAUUUAUAUCCCUAGAGUUCAACAUGAUGUGCACUACCAACACAGGUGUAGUUAAAAGACAAUCUUAUGUGUUCUAUGUACAAAAACCACUUCAAAUGUAAGUGCUGCAGCUUCUGGAUCAGAUAUAUGCUCAAAGAGAGCAGUUGGUUUAAACAUGAUUGUAAUAGUAAUUUUGUUCUUUAUCUGUAAGUUUGUAUGCAAGUUUGGUAGUACAUUUUAUACCAUAACCUGCAUCAUCGUUUUCAGUGUUGAACAUAGAAUCCAUACAGCAUUUAGAACAGUUUCAGAAAUGUAUAAGAGUACUGUAGAUAAAGGUGUACAAAUUUUAGGUAAUGCUUAACUGUAUUUAGUGAAAGUAAUUGUCUAACGUGUUAAACCCAGAAAAAGUGUAUUUUGAAGAGAAAGUUGUGAACAACACUGCCAAGAACUUAUUUUCAGAUUUUUAAAGCUUUGAUGAGUAGAUUUUGCUGUACAAAAAGAUUUGUGUUAUUAGGUUAUAUGCUAUAUGUAUUACAGAUGUUUAAGGUGUUGAAAGUUGUUGUAAUGUAGUUGAUGGGAAAUGUUUGGAUUUAGUCAGUGUAAAAUGUAUCAACAGUGAAAAAACCUUUUUAAUAGCAUUCAGAGUUUUUUUUUUUUUUAAGGACAGAUAUUUGUAAAAUGGCUAUUGUAUUAAGAAUGUUGAUAUCAUUUUACAAUUUAACAUCUUCCAGAAGCAUUCGAGUUUCUUUACUGUUAUUGCAAAGUCAAAACUAGGAAACUGUUUAGGUGUAUCAUCUGGCAGUUUGGGGAAUAGAUUUGUUGUGGCCUAUUUUUCUGUGGAAUUAACAAAAUGCUUUUUGCAUUUUACAUAAAAUUUAGUUCAUUUUUACAAAAAAAAA